CUGAUGAAGUUCAACACCAAAGGGACCAGCAACGUGUCUGUGUUUGACAGGGUCGAAAUCACCACCAAUUAGUUUCUCUUUCUAGAAAAAAAAAAAAAAAUGGUUGAUAACAAACCCUCCAAUUACUCAGACAGAAUAGAGUGCCUAAUCAAGAACAAUUUUGCCUCGGAAGAAGACUAUAAUCAAGAUCAAGGAGGAGUGAUCAAAGAGCAAGACCGGCUGCUGCCGAUAGCAAACGUCGGGAGGAUCAUGAAGCAAAUCCUCCCGGCAAACGCGAAGGUGUCGAAAGAAGCCAAAGAGACCAUGCAGGAAUGCGUGUCGGAGUUCAUCAGCUUCGUCACCGGGGAAGCGUCCGACAGGUGUCACAAGGAGAAGCGGAAGACGGUGAACGGCGACGACAUCUGCUGGGCCCUGGGGAGCCUGGGGUUCGAUGAUUAUGCCAAGCCAUUGAAAAGGUACUUGAUUAGGUUUAGGGAGUUAGAAGGGGAGAGAUCAUCUGCUAAUAAUCAUCAAAAUAAUAAGGGUAGUAGUAACCAUGAAGAAGAAGAUCACCAGAAGGAUGAAGAACCAAAUUAUAGGGGUGAGACUGUCAGAAAUAGUACUGCGACGACUCCAUUCAAGUUCAGUUUUAUGGAGGAAAGUGGGACUACUCUCCCCCCAAGGAGAUUUUAGGGUUUCUGGGAGAACGAUGUUUUUAGGGCUUGUAUGAUGUUGAGAAUACUUGGGCUUUUCGUUCUUUGAUUGACUGUUUUUAAUAGCUUCUGGGAUUUUUGUUAAUUAAACUUCAAAUUAAGCUGAUGCUUGUAAGUUGUAUCUACUAAUAAAUCAUUAAGGUUUGUAAAAUUUGAGGUAGUUUUUGUAUGAUAAAAAUCACGAACGAAUUACUUUCAUCUGUGUUUGGCAAUAAAAAUGUUGAAUUUAGGGUUUCGUCGA